AUGACGCUCAAACAGACACCGCGCGUUCUGCGUUGCUGGCUUCGGAGCUGGACGCCUUCUUUCCUUCCUUAUCCAUUUGAGCUGCCUCAACGCGAACAAACCCGGCGAAGAUACUACGUCAUCCAUGAGCGGUUUCUAUGCUAUAUCUUCCGGAUACUAGCACUAUCGCGUAGCAUAAAGGAGCCUACGAGCGAAAUCUCUGGACUGCAGCUAACUACAGCUCAGCUCGCCAUGAUGAACCAUAUUUGGAGCCGUUUUUCAAAUGUUAGCCAGCAGGCAGACUGCGGGGUAUUGCUCCAGCCAUCGCUGGAUGGUGUGCAUGAGAAUCUGUUCCAACUUCUUGUCAUGUUCUGGACGGACCUGUCGCACGAUGGAAACAUGAGUCGUAGCGCUAUCAUGCAUUUCUCUGGCGUUCUAGGAAUUCAUCCUACAGAGCUAUUUUUCCGCAAACCCUAUAAUUAUACGCCGUUUAUAUCAGCACUCCUAUGGGUAGGGCGUCUAAUCAUACUCGAGCAGACCGCAGUGAGCAUCGCUAAGAAACAUCUCCCAGGCCUUGUUGCACCAUUCGACCCUAGCACACCAAAAGAUUACAACGGCUUUCUUCAGCUUCUUGCUUUUCAGACAGGUCACCGACCCGUCACGCAUGCUAGUGCAUACGCGCUUGAGCAUGGCUUUCCUACGAAACUUCAACCCGAUCUUAUCGACCGAUAUCUUGUGAAUAGUCAUAUGUGGCACGAGUUUACAUUAACCCGGGAGGAGGACGUUCUAGACGAUAGUCUAGCAGAUGCACGGUAUGCCUCAAGUAGUACCUCGCAAGUUGACUAUUGCCCAGACAACGUCAAUGCAAGGCGACUAGAGUGUGGGACACCUGAAGAGAGCGACGUGAACUUAUCGGAUGAACCCUCGCCUCGACAAAGGCAAGAAGAAAGACAGCAAAGAAGGAAGAAGCGGGGUAGAGAAAGUAGGAGUUGCAGCCCUUUCACUAGGAAAAUCCAUCUUAUGCAGGAACAACUAGAUGGUCUUAUUAAAGAACGUGCUAUAUCUAAGAGAACCCGAGCUUCACGCUAA